UGUGUGUGGUACCUAUGCUUUGUACCUCAUACAUUAAAUGCUUUUAAGGAAGGGAAAUACCGCAUUCUUCUCUCUCCGUUUCUGUGAAAGAUGAAAAGAAUGGCUACAGAAUGGGUCCAAGACUGAAAGAAAAAGCUGUUAUUCCAGGAUUAUCAUUUCUCUCAUUGUGUGAUGGGCUCAGGUGAAAAGUUAGCAUGCUGAGGCCCAGAGUUCCCAGCUCUUUCGGGUCAACCUGACUUGGCAAGAUGUUUUCAAGUCGGAGGCGGUUCUUGGAAGAAUUCAAUCGCCCCCAGAGCGAAUCUUCUCUGGAUUCUGCAGGCAGUGUGGUGUUGCAGGCUCUCUAUGACUAUAAGUACAAAUCUGAAGAUGGAAGGCAGGUGAUCAUUGAGGAAGGGGAGAUCUUCCACCUUGUGCACAAGGCCAAUGAGGAUUGGUGGCAGGUGAAGAGGUUUGGCCAGACCAAGCAGAAGAGGCCCAUCUUUGUCCCAGCAUCCUAUGUGGCUGAAGUGACCUGUGAUGAAAGGGCAAACCUACAGCAAAAUGUCUUCUUGCACCCUAGCUACCAUUCAGAAAAGGAUGGAGGUCCCGCAUGCUUCGAAAUGUCUCAUUCUCUGGAGGAUCUUUGGGUGCAGCCACCCCCAUCAUCUUCCCACACAGAUCUAUUGUCCAGCUGCAACCACUUUUCUGCCAAGAUGAGAAUCCAUCAGCUGUUGCUUGGUAGGCGUCACAGCCUGAGUGGCCUAUCUCAGAUAAAAUGCAAAGGCCCAACACACUGGCAAAGUUCAGAGGAAGAGCUAGCAAGAAGUGAGAGAUAUUAUGGGAUGUUGGAUGAUACUCCUCCAUCUCUCCUUGGGGAGAAGCCUCCAAUUUAUUACAAUCUGGAGGAGAUGAAGCAAUUACCAACAACACCUCCUUCCCCACGCAGCCCACCACUACAGAUGCUGGAAUCCUGGGAACGUCACAUAGAUUCCAGCUCCCUGCGUAGUUACUACUAUAAGCCUGCAACAGGUGAAAAGUCAUGGAAGCCACCCAGGAGGAGUCAAGAGAUGAGCUUGGUGCAGAUAGAGGGAAAUGGUCUCUCAGCUCCAGCAGACCCUAUGCCAGAAGCCACCCUGGACCAAAUGGAAGACAGAGUGAGUGGGGAGCAGCCUGGGGCUCAAGGUCUCCACAAAAAGCUAGGAUACACCAAAUCCUUGAUGUUGCCAGAGAUGCGGCCUCCCAAGGGAAACCAUCGGCGGAACCAUUCCCAAUAUAGCUGCGAGGCCUGGUUAGGAGAAUACUCUGCGCCAUCCUCUAUCAAUGGUUCCAUCUCAGACAAUGCUGAAUUACUGCAUGUGGUGGAGAAAUGUGGACAACUGAACAAAACCAAGAUUGCUGAAGGAGGUCGGAAACUCAGAAAGUCCUGGACACCAUCGUGGUUGGUAUUAGCCAGGAACAGCCUCAUGUUCUACAAGGACCCCAAGGUGACAGCUGCAUGGACUCCAUCUGGUAGCCGGCCUGAAAGCAGUGUUGAUUUGCGUGGGGCUCGUAUUGAGUGGGCCCGGGAUUUGUCCAGCAAACGGAAUGUCAUCCAUUUUCGCACUGUGACUGGCAAUGAGUAUCUCUUGCAAUCAGAUAAUGAAGCUGUCAGCCAGGACUGGUACCAGGCGAUCAAAGGGGUCAUCCACAGGCUAGAUCAAGAGAAUCCUCUGGAUGAGCCACUUCUAUACCCACUCUAUCGGUCCAACAGUGCUGAGCUUGUGGAUUUCAGCUGGGAUGAUGAAGAGGAACUUGGGGUCUCCAAGGCUGAAGUGCCAGCAGCCCCUGGUAGUCCUGGCAGAGUCUACAAGAAAAGGGUCAGAAGCAAGCUGAGACGCUUCAUCGCCAAGAGGCCACCCCUGAGAAGUUUACAGGAGAAAGGACUGAUCCGAGAUCAGGUCUUUGGCUGUCGGCUAGAAGCCUUGUGCCAGCGAGAAGGGGGCACAGUACCCCGAUUUGUCCAACAAUGUGUGGAAGCUGUAGAAGAGAGAGGACUGGAUGCAGAUGGGAUCUAUAGGGUCAAUGGGAACUUGGCCAUUAUUCAGAAGCUGAGAUUCAUAGUUGACCGUGAACGGGCAGUGACAUCCGAUGGACGCUAUGUCUUCCCAGAGCAACGUUGCCAAGAGGAGAAAUUGAACCUGGCCAGUCCACAGUGGGAUGAUGUGCAUGUGAUAACAGGGGCCUUGAAGCUUUUCUUCCGAGAGUUACCUGAAUCCCUAGUGCCCUACAGCCACAUUGAUGAAUUUAUAGCUUCUGUCAAGAUAUCCGAUCACAAGGAAAAAGUGUCAAAGCUUACUGGGCUGAUCCAGAGUCUCCCUCAACCAAACCGGGACACAUUGCGUUACUUACUUCAGCACCUCCGCAAGGUGAUGGAUCACUCAGAUACCAAUCGGAUGACCACCCAGAACAUCGGCAUUGUUUUUGGGCCAACGCUGUUGCGACAUGAGCGAGAUGUAGCCAGCCUGAUAGAGGAUAUGAUAUACCAGAAUCAGGUGGUAGAGAUGCUUCUUACCGAAUUUGCUAGCAUCUUUGAGACAAGUGCUGAAUGACUUUGUUGAUACCUUUUUUUGGAUAUGGAUUGCUUUAUUCUCAAGACAUAUGGGAUCACAGAUAAUGUGUUUCUGAAGCAAGCAUUGGUGCUGUGAAGCUCACUGCACCAAUCACAGCAGCGUAGGUUACCAUCAUUUUCAGGACUAUGUUUUGUUAGCAAAGAUGGAUCUCUGCAUCUUCCUUCUUCAACAUUUUUUUAGUUGGUCAAAUUUUUUAGCUCGUAUAUCUUAGCAAAAAGAUGCCAUACUCAUACCCAAUAAACAACUGAUGAGAAUCUACAAGAGAAAUCAUAUGACUAGAAGCACUUUGGCUUUAAACAGUGACACAAGUUCUGUUUAGAUGCAGAUUCCAAUCCAGACAAAUCUAUAAAGAAUAGAACACUUUUAUUCCAGUAAUUAUUUGGAAUUAUGUGCUGGAGGGAAAAAACUCUCACCAGAUGAAGUGAUGUCACACCAGCCCUUGGCUUAGUCUCCUGUCUGAUGUCAUAGUGCCAAAUAGCCUCUGUACUCGUGAAACCAUAAUUCUUCAGGAUUAUUUUCCCCAACUGCCCAUCAGAUGUGUUGGACUACAAAUCUUAUGAACUUGUGCUAGCAUAGGCAAAAUCUUUAGAAGAUGCCUUCUAAAUCAUUAUUAGGGCAUACGAGUUUUCCCCAAAAUAAAAUUGAAACCCCUUUUGAAAUGGCUGUUGUUUCUUGCCAAAUAACCUGGGAAUCAUCAAGGUAAUGUUUGACUAUUAUUAACAAAACCCCAGUCCCUUUACAAAAUGAUGGUUUAGAACUGGUUUGAAAAGAAAUAAAUGUGACUGAAUUCUAUGGCUCACACCACAUAUAACCUAUUUCUCAGUGAGAUUUGUGACUGGCCAAGGAAAGUGUUUGAUAAUAAAACACUUUUGUUUUUGGCUGAACUUGCCAUUUUAGGGAUCUCAUUUAUCUUUUAGUUGUAUAAAAGAGGGAAAAUUCAUUUUUGUUGGGUUUUUUUCUAGCAGAUCUUUCAUACCCUUAACAAUUUUAUGAAUUUUAUGAAUGUCCAAACGAAGCUUUCUCCCAUCUGUUCACAAAAACACUGUUUAAUUCUUGCCAGCCUUUUAGCUGUUUAGAAGUACCAUCAAUUUCUUCUCAAGAAUUGAACACAAUUGAGUGGAAAAAAAGAAGAAGAAAAAAUAAAGUAAGCAUAUUCCCAUUCCCUCUCAAUUUGAAUCUCAUGAGUAAUCUUCUUUAGUUUUCCCAAAUCAUGCAUCUCCCCAUUUCAGACAAUGAAUCCUUUGAAAAUCUGACUUGUGUUAGAACUGAGUUCAAAAAAUUUAUCAUAGGAGCUCCAUGAUUUACACCAGUGUUUUUCAAUCUUGGCAGUUUUAAGAUAUGGAGACUUCAACUCCCCAUGAAGCAGAAUAUUUGUAGCUCAGGGUUAAAAUU